ACAAGCAGACAGUGGAAUAUAUUUAGUAAAUAUGAAAAGAUGUUUGCACAUCUCUGAAGAGCAAAAGUAAUUGCCAAUCUUUCAAAACACAACAUGAAAUGGCAUUCACAACCUAUUUACUUCUGUAAUGUGAUGCAAUUCUGAUUGAACCGGCCUUUUUUUUUUUAUCCAUUUGGGAAUUAGAUUUUGGAGGCCAACAUAUCUCUUCAAACACCACCAGCACCCACAUUUGAGGAGUUAUGGAUGCUGAAGGUCAAAUUUAACCUGGUUUUAAGUGAAUCUGAAUUGCCAGUCUCCGUAAGUAUGAGUCUGAGGAAUACACCAUCCACAAGGAGACGCAGGGACACAUUUCCAACCAUCAGUGCGGCAGGGAAGCUCAUUCCAGUAGGUGACAGAGCACAAGCCUGUUUGCAGGAAAUUACACCUAGGUCUUUAACUCCACCUGUGGUGAGGAAGUUCAUCAGUUCUGCUCGGCCAGCUGUUGGAGCAGUUCGAGUGUUCCAUGGAAAAGCAAACGACCCUAACAUUGCCAGCACUGUAGUUCAUGGCGUGAGCACAAAAUCAACAAUAACUGCUGGAUCAAUGAUCAACCCCACACCAAAGACACGCUUCCAAGAUCAUCUUCAAGAAAUUAAUAAUUCCUCCAAUCAGAAAGCACCUCUUGGGAAGACACGAGUUCAAGGCCAUGGUUUACCAAGUUGGCUGGACCUUGAGAAAACAGCUUUUGGUUUCACAACCCUCCGAUGUUCUAAUGCUGGUGAUGUCAUCAAUCCCCCCAAAACUGCACAUGAGGUGGAGAAAGAGGCGAACGAGGCACAUCAACUCUACAUUCGCUCACAUGGCUCAUAUUUUGUAGGGGAGCGUUUGGACAGGAAGUAUAACUGGAGUCACUUUGCAGGAGACAGUAGGUUUGGUAUCCUGACGCCUCAUUGCAAUGAUGGGAGGAACCUUUCCAGAUCCCUCCACUGGCCCUGUGACACACAAAAGCACCACAGCGCAAAAUUUGUUGCAAAAUGCUGCGAUAACUUCAGAGAGAGGACUCAGCCACAGAUUGGCAAAGUUCUUGACCCAAUUGUAGAGACGCUAAAAGCUCCCAGUGAUCACACAUUUGGAGUGUUGAUGAAACCUGACAGCUGUGGUGCAGGCGACCUUGUGCAUCAAACUCCAGCUGGCCAAUAUCUGAGAGGUACAGACAGACAACGAGCAUUGGUCAGCGCUGUUCGCCAACACCUUAAGAAGACCAACUUCCAGAACUUCAACUCAUUACUAGAAGCUUUCAGAUACUAUGACAAGAAGAGUCAGGGGAAAAUAGAUAAAGAGGAUCUGAAGGACGUUUGCCGGCAUUUUAACAUGAUCAUCAGUGAGCCAGUACUCAAUGACCUCAUUGAUUACUGUGAUGUUGAUAAAGACGGAUCCAUCAACUUCAUGGAGUUUUCCAAUUUUCUCAACUGGAAAGACAAAAUGCCAAUCAAUAGGGUGGAGCAGAGAAUUCUGACAGGAGAGUGCAUGCCAUGGUCAGCCCCAGCCAACAUGCAGAGAGCAGACCUCCAGGAAUCUAAUACUGUGAAGGAGGUCUUGAUCACACCUGAGAAUCUGGAACCUGUUCAGGUGGGGAGCACCAGGAAGAUUCCUAAAACCAUGUCCAGACCAAGAACUGUGCAGGAGGAUGGAUUCAGCACCUCCUCUUCUGUAAUCAAUGCUGUUGUGGAUGGCUUUCCCACUACCAAUUAUCCCAUAUAUGGGGUACCAUCAGUUCGGACAGAUCUACCUGCCCCUCGUAUCAAGCGCAUCGGCGACAGGACAAACUACGGUGAUGAAGCAACAGCGUAUGAUCUGCUGUACCCCCCUCUGCAUUCACUCUACGGAGUGCAUGAAGAACAGUUUUUAGGCCCUCGCACAAAAGACGAGAUAGCAGAGAUAUUCCAGAAAGUGGGUCUCGAGUUUGCUGAGGAUACAUUUGAGGAGGCCUGGAAGCUGGCGUCCAUGAGACAUCCCAAUGGUGACGUAUGUGUGGAGAGCUUCCGAAAUGUUCUCCGUGAACUACAGACAAAUUAG